AGAAAGCGCGCGGCGCGUCAUUUCCAACCGAAUUAAUAUCCAGCAUUUGUUCAACCGCGUCUCUACAACCUCCUCGAGACAUUGGGAUCAGAGCGCAUCAUCUUCACUCGCAUCUUUCGUGCGUGGAGUUUCCUUUACCAAUUCCUUAGUAUGGAAGAUCAAGUUGAGAAUACCCUCAACGAGGUGGCGGCUCCCGGGAGGAACGGCGACGCGGACCCCCUUCCCCUUCGGCGGUCCGGUCGCGCACGCAAGAGGCCAUCCGACCAUAACGAGGACGUCGACUACAGCAAGGAGCUACCAGUCACCUUGCCUCCGUCGGCCGACACCCGGCGGAACCCCAAACGACGGGCAGCCCCGGAGGCGUUUGACUUGCCCGACAACCUCCUCGAGACAUCUCUAGGGCCGUGGAAGGAGGAUGAGCAGGCCGAGUGGGCUAGCUGGAUCGAAUUAGAGUCCGAUCCGGCUUUCUUCACGGCUAUCCUGGGUCGCAUUGGCGUCAAGGGAGCAAAAAUAGAGGAGGUGCUCUCGGUCGACGAAGACACUUUGGCCACUCUGCCUUCUCCGGUCCACGGCCUAGUAUUUCUUUACGAGUACGUCUCAGAGGAAAGCGCCGAGGCCACAGAGACGAGCCGCGAGGUGUGGUUCGCGAAUCAGACUACACACAACGCAUGCGCCACUAUUGCCUUGUUGAACAUCAUCAUGAAUGCGGAAGGUUUAGGCCUCGGUAAGAGGCUCCGCGAGUUGAAAGAAGAAUCCAAGGACCUGUCUCCGCCACUCCGAGGGAACAUGAUCAACAACAGCGCUUGGAUACGGGUAGCUCAUAACUCGUUUGCUCGCCGGUUAGACCUCCUCGACGCCGCCCUCAGUCUCCAAAACGACGUGGAUGCCGAGAAGAAGAAGCGGGCUAGGGUGGCGGCCGCGAGGCAGAAGAAAAGGAACCAACAACGGGCGAAGGCCAGAGCCGACAAGUCCGGCGAUGGUUCCGUGGGCUAUCAUUUCAUCGCCUUUGUCCCGGUCGGGCAGCAGGUAUGGCAGCUGGAUGGUCUUACCUCGACGCCCGUCUGCAUAGGUGAAUACGAACAGGACCAGCACUGGACCUCAGUCAUGCGCCCCGUCUUGCAGGAGCGAAUGAUGCGGUACGAGACCGAGCGGCUCUCCUUCAGUCUCCUCGCGCUCUGCGGCGACAAUCUCGAUCAUGUCCGACAAAAGCUCGCCGCCAACAUCCGCAGCCUGGCGGAGCUCGAGACAAUGUUCCGAGGCCACCAUCACGGCCCUGACUCGAAAUUAAUAACCACCCAAGAUGUUAUCCACAGCCCUACCGACGACCGCCUCUCAUCCUACCAACUGGACGAGGAGGAUAUCCAAGCCGUGCCCGAGAGCGAGCUUAAAAAAGCGCCCCCCAAACCGCAGGAAUCUUCCAUCCCUGUCUCCUCCGCUUCUCCCCUCUCGCCAUCUUCCCCCUCCCCAUCUUCCCCUGCCUCAUCAGUCACCGCCGAGGGUGAUCAUGAGGCGAUGGAAGCGACCUCAAAACUUUGGUCAGAGCUCGUGACCGAGCAGAAGCAUAUUCUGGUAGAAUACAACAACGAGGCUACGAUGGCCGGCCAGGAGCCGACCGCCAUACUCGGUCGCACUAAGGACUACACUGCGGCCAUUCACGAGUGGGUUGGAAAGCUGGCUAGCCAUGGGGCGUUGAGACGGCUGCAUGGGGAGGUUCGGGAUUAGAAUGGAGGUUUUUGAGUUGUGAGAAGAGACGGAGAUGAUGUUUCGUCGUGGUUGCCCGGAAAUGGCUGGAUUGUGGUCUAAUGGCUUGACGGACGUCGAGGGUUAUUCAAGGUUUAUGACAAGGCGUUGUGGCGUG